AUGUCAUUUAAGAGAGAAGAAUCUUCAGCAGUUAUAAAGGACAACAAAGAGGUCGUUGAAGUCAUCAAGAAAACAAUCGGCAGCUCCGACAUCACAGAAGAGGCGUACAACAACACAGAGGUGAGGGUUUUGGAGAAGAACGGCGUGCUUAUCACCAUUGUGUUCGUUCCGGAAGACAUGUUCAGAGCCAUAAAGAAGGAAAAACUCAGCAUAAUUGAGAAUGUAGAGGAGGCCCUCGGCGGAACUGUGUUUGUCGUCAGAGGAAGAGUGAUCGAGGAAGUGGAAGGAAGAGGAGGAAAGUCUGUAAUCAGAUCCUCUGUUUCGUACGCAGACUACCAGGAGCUAGUGGCAGAAGACUUGGUUUCGCCAUCCCACCUGGUUGACCGAAGAACCGUUGUUAGAGAGGACGGCUCAAGAGUUGAGAAGAUGAUCACUGACUCAAAGUGCAAGAAAGACAUGGCAAACAGAUUUGAGCCAAUGUCCUUAGUAUUUGAAGAUAUGUUUGGGAAAAAGGCAGUGUUCCAAGCUAACUACUAUUAA